AUGCCCUCUAUCAGCAAAGCAACCCUCAUGAGGGUUGCGGCAUAUUUGGCAGGCACAUGUUCGGCCGUGGCGCUGCAACAACCGCUGCUGACGAACAGGACUGUGAGGCUCGAGGGCUACGGAAGCUUCACCGGAACCACCGUCAACCAGACGUUGAGCGGCAAGGCACUACCCGCCCCAGUCGACGCAUGGCUCGGCAUCGACUACUCGACGCAGCCAGUUGGCGAGGGCCGCUUUGCCCCCGUGGACUGGCCCGAAGCAUUCGACGGGGUGAAGCCCGCGACGCAGUACGGCAAAGCGUGCAUCCAGGACCCUACUUCCGUGGACGUCUCAACUCAGGAUGAGGCAUGCCUGAACUUCAAUGUGUUCCGGCCCCAGAGCAUCCCUCCGACAGAGAAGCUGCCGGUACUGGUGUGGAUACACGGAGGAGCAUUUUACGCCGGGAGCUGGAAGUCUUUCGAUGCCGCUGCUUUCGCCGCCUCGUCAGAGUCGCCGAUAGUGGUGGUCAACUUUCACUACCGCAUCAAUUCUCUCGGGUUCCUCCCGUCGACGCUGUUUGACGAGGAGGGCCUGCUCAACCUCGGACUCCGCGACCAGAAGCUUUUCCUGCAGUUCGUCCAGAAGCACAUCGCAGCUUUUGGUGGCGACCCGGACCGCGUCACCAUCGGCGGCCGCUCGGCAGGAGGUCACUCCGUCGGAAUCCAUCUUUUCCACAACUACGGCGAGGAUGAGGGCAAGCCGCUCUUCUCGCAAGUCCACCAUCAGUCUGGGUCCGUGACAGCUCGGGCAUUCCCCAACGCCAGCUACCCGCUCUACCAGGAGCAGAUGGACAAGUUCACGAGCUACCUGGGAUGCCCACUCGAGGGGGACAACGCGGCCUCGCUGGCUUGCCUGAGGUCCGCGGACAUCAACGCGAUCCGGAACAUCAGCACCGACUUAUACAACAAGUACGACCCGAGCAUCACUUGGCCCUUCCAGCCCGUCCAGGGCGGCCCGCUCCUGGAGAAAUUCGGCUCGCAGUCCGGCUACGACGGGACGUUCCACAAGGUGCCCAUCCUGUCCAGCACCGUCACGGAUGAGGGCAAGUACUACACCAUCGGCACGCUCGAGACCAACCAGGAGUUCCUCGACUUCAUGCACAACAUCUCUCCAGAGCUGAACGACACCGACAUCGCCCUGCUAGACUCCCUGUACCCGGACCCAUCCUCAGUCGCCUCCUCGCCUUACGCCAACUCGCCCAACAGUACCCAGUACAACAGGCUCUCGGCCGCCUUCAGCGACUUCGCGUACAUCUGCCCAGGCCAGGAGACGGCCUAUCGCGUGUCAACCGCGGGCGUCCCGACCUGGAAGGCGAGGUUCAACACGAACAACUCCUACCCGACAUGGCAGGGCAUCCCGCACACAUCCGACACGAAAUACACCUGGAACGAGCCCAGCGUGCAGUACCCCGAGAUCAGCCACGUGUACCACGCGUACCUGGCGAGCUUCGUCGCCACCGGAGACCCCAACUCGCUGAGGUACGCAGGAUCGCCGGAGUGGCCUCGGUACACUCCGUCCGGCUAUGGGCUAGACUCGGAUCCUGCCCUGCAGCUGCUCGUCCAGCCUAACGGGACAACGGUCGAGAAGGAUGAGAUCCGGCGCGAGGCGUGCCUUUACUGGAGGGACCCUGAGAGGGCUCCUCGGCUGAACAAAUAA